AUUGUGUGCUCAGUAUUCAGUGUAAUUAAACCAAAAGCCGGUUUAUUCUGGCACAUUCAAUUCCCAUGAGCAAAAAAAACAAAAAUCACUGCCAGUACCAGUAAGUAGCCACCCUUUCUGUCCUGUCCUUUUAUUUCAGGGAAGAACUUAAUCUCCUAGAAGUGGAGCUCACACCAGUGAGAGAAGUGAAGACAUUUCUGCAAGAAGGUGUGAGAUUUGGGGGGUAAAUUAGACAUUCCAGGAAAGGGGGCUGUCUGAUUAGACUGGUCUGAGCUGCUUUUCAGCUAUAAAGAUAUGAAGAGACGAACAGCAAAUAGAGCUGCAUGUAAUUAUAUCAAAUACACACACCAGCAUAAUGUCCAUGGCAGGGAACAUGAGUCUGAGUGUGGAUUUAAAUGAAACGUCAUUCAAGCAGAGAAAACGUCUAGACAGCCGCAUACAUGAGGUGAACAGAGUGAGGAACCGAUUUCCCUACAAGAUCCCGGUAAUAGUUGAAAGAAGCCCACAGGAGAAGCAGUUACCUCAGCUCGAGAAAAUCAAAUUUCUGGUACCCCCUGAAAUCACAAUGGGUCAGUUUGUCGAUACUAUCAGGUGCAAACUCCCAUUGCCUCCCUCCCAUUCCUUGUGUGUUAUGGUGGACGGGCGACAGGUGGCAAGUUUGGCAAUGACCAUGUCCCAAGUUUACUCGGAGAACCACGACCAAGAUGGAUUUCUCUACUUGUCGUAUAAGUCACAAGCUGUUUUUGGAUAAAGCAAUCCCAGACGGAGUCACAGAAGGGAUAAAGGAGGUCAACAUGACAUUUAAGGAUUCCAUAAGAGUCUACAGAAUGUGGAAUGUGGAAUGAAGGCCACAAAGUGAUGCUUUUCAGAACUCUGCCAGAUCAGGGGUCACGUAAACACCCCCGAAGAGUAACAAGACGAAGAGACAUUUCAAAUAUAUUAAUCACAAUCCACGUCAAGAUCAGGAGGCUGCACAAAUACGCACUAUAAAAAGACACUGCAGUAAACAUCAUCAUUCUUGAUUAGGCAAUGUUUUAGCAUAUUCUAUUAAAAUAACUGUAUAUAUCUAUAUAUAAAUAUGUUUGAUACCAACACAGUUAGUACAAUGGAAGUAAGAAAAUCAAGAAGUGGAAUCCAGAAGCUCUUUGCCACUAGGGCUAGAUAGAACCUAUAGAGGUAUGGGACCCGUUAUCCAGAACGCUCCAAAUUACAGAAAAAACAUCUCCCAUAGACUCCAUUUAUCCAAAUAAUCCAAAUUUUUCAAAAUGAUUUCCUUUUCCUCUGUAAUAAUACAACAUUAGCUUGUACUUCAUCCAAACAAAGGUAUAAUUAAUCCUUACUGGAAGCAAAACCAGCCCAUCGGGUGUAUUUAAUGGUUACAUGAUUUUUAACUAGAUUUAGGGUAUGAAGAUCCAAAGUAUGGAAAGAUCCAUUAUCUGGAAAACCCCAAAUCCCUAGAAUUAUGCAUAAUAAGUCCCAUACCUGUACAGAAGAAACUGUAAUGUAGAUUUCUUAAUUACAUUAAAAAUAUAUGUUUUUCUUUUUAA